AUCCGGAAGCAUUGAAAUAAUCCCUCUCUACGUGUCUGUAAACAUGGCUACAGGAGCGGAUCAGGCGGUCGGGAUGAGUCUGGUUCUGUUCAGCCUGCUGCUCUUCUCGUAUUACACUGUCUGGGUCAUCGUUCUGCCGUUCGUCGACGGCCGCCACGUCCUUCACAGAUAUUUCCUUCCUCGGGAAUAUUCGGUCAUCCUGCCUGGAGUCGCUGCGGUGCUGCUGCUGCUCUGCAUAGGAACCUUCACUGCCGUCAUCCUGUGGAAAAACCGCAAACCACAGAAAACCGACUGAGUUCAGGAAGUUCUGCGUUUUCUUUUGCUCUGGACUCAAUCUGACGAACUCUGGCUCCCCCUAGCGGCCAUUCUGUCCCGAUGACGUCAGAGACUGUGCCGCAGGAAUGACGUCACAGUUGAGGAGCUGAUUAUUGAAUAAUGAGGAAAUCUGUAAAUAUUUGUGGAAUUUGUGUACAGAUUGUUUCUCUUUUGUUUACAUUGAAAUAAAAUAAAAUUUUUGCUCCUUAAAA